AUGACGAGCGCUGUAGAUCUCAAUGCGGCUUCCUCUCCAUCGCCGUCGGUACCUUUCGAUACCUCACUCCUCAUACCAUCGAUCCGAGCAAUCUUGUCUGCGCCUGGCCUCAACAUCGCGACCGUCACCGCCAAGGGCGUACGAGCCAAGCUAGCGAUCAUCUGCGACGGCAUCGAUGUCGAAGGUCACAAGCGUGAAGUGACGAAGCUCAUACAGUGCGAAUUCGAGAAGAUGCACGGUCGUGACUCAGAUGAUGCGACGAUGGUGCAGGCCCCGUCGAGCUCGCAGACGCCAUCAAUCACAUUUGAGCCCUACUCUGCCUCGCAGUCGCACCAAGCAUCACAAUCGUCAGCAAGCAGCUCACAAUUAUCCGUGUUGCCCUCAUCGCAAUCUACGGCUCAUCGCUCACAGUUUGCAAAUAGCACAAGAAAAGCGUCGAGCAGCAAGACAAAGUCGUCUCGCGUCAAAUCUGAAGAGACGAUCGAUUCAUCAGAUGAUGAUGCCUCGGAUGUCACAGCGAGCACUUCCAGCUCACGCCUGACAAAAUCGAAAAGGAAGGAGAAUCUCGAACAAAUACCAAAGAAGCCGUCGAACGCCAAGACGUUCGAGUGCAGCCCAGCUCUGGCUGCAGUCUGCGGAGUCACAAGGACGAAUCGCUUUGCAGUCAAUAAGCACAUCUGGGCGUAUGUGCGCGAACACAAUCUCAAGGACCCUAACAAUGGCCGAAACAUCAUCUUGGACGAUGCCCUCAAGGCCGUCUUUGGGGACAGAAAGACCAUCAGCAUGUUUGCUAUGCCCAAGCAUUACGCAAAGCACCUGUACGAUUCCUAG